AUGUGUGGAAUCAUGACAGAGUAUGAGACUGUGCAGAACAGGAUAAAGAAUGGCUACGUCUUCAAAGUAAGUGAUUUUUUGACAGACCAUCUACACACAAAGCUAUAUCUUCAUGUGUUCACUGAUUCAAGUGUUUGUUUUGUGUAUACUUGAAGCAUGUCAGACCUUACCUACAUUAGCAGCACCUGAGGUGAUGGCAGGCACACAGAUGGAAUGGUGGAAUUUAGUAAUAAUAAGAGAGGGUAACUGAGGUGAGAACAGGGCGUGUGCUUUUCCAGAACGUCCCCUGUGGUCUGUUGCUCAGUCAGUGUUGAUUCCCAGCUGUGUCGAGAGGGUCCUCCCCUGUCAUACAACCACAAGUUGACAGCCAAAGAAUCACCCUCGGUUUUAUUUAGGUCAGUUAUCCCUCAAAUGAAAUGUAAAAAGUGUUCCUAUACAUGCGGUUAUUGUCGGUGCUUAUAUACACUGACUGCUAUACAGGUGUUAACCUUAUUGACUGUGGGCUGUAUUCAGAUCACUGUCCAGCAGCAUACCACCCUGCAUCCCACUGCUGGCUUGCCUCUGAAGCUAAGCAGGCUUGGUCCUGGUUGGUACCUGGAUGGGAGACCAGAUGCUGCUGGAAGUCCCAAAAAAAUAUCCCAGUGCCCCAAGGCAGUGAUUGGGGACAUUCCCCUGUGUAGGGUGUUGUCUUUUGGAUGGGAUGUUAAACGGGUGUCCUGACUCUCUGUGGUCACUAAAGAUCCCAUGGCACUUAUAGUAAGAGAAGGGGUGUGAACCCCGGUGUCCUGGCUAAAUUCCCAAUCUGGCCCUCAUACCAUCAUGGCCACCUAAUCAUCCCCAGCUUAAAAUUGGCUGUUUUCUCUCCCCUGUAACUAUUCCCCAGGUCGUUGCUGCUAAAAUAAGGGUUAAAUAAAUAAAACACCCAGAUGAAUGGGUUGCAUAAUGGAUGCGACUGGGGAAACCGCACGUAGCAUUUAUGUUACCUGUCAGCUGCUUCACAAACUCUGUUUAACUGCAAAGCCCAGAGAGAGAGAGAGAUUUUGCGAUUGAGUGGAAAAGAACAGGGGGAGGGAAAAAGGAGAGGGUUGCAUGACAAAUAGGAGCUUGUGAUACAUGUGCGUGUGUGAGAGAUGUUUGUGCAAUAGUUGUGGGUAGCUGGUUACGUGGAGCAGGACAGAUCAGGUCAGAGGAAAAUGUGUGGUGUCAUGAAUCAACACUUAAUGCUGUCUGUCCUCUUCUGUUUUCGCCCUCUUUGCAUACAGGAUCAUCUGGAUAAGGCCAUCGAGCUGAAACCACAGGAUCCUAUGUCUUACUACCUGCUGGGCCGCUGGUGCUAUGCUGUAUGUAACCAUACAGUGAGGAAUACACUCCCUGAAAAGUGAUCAAUGUAGAAGCUUUGAAAAGGAGUCAUUAGCCAAUGGAACAAUGGUGGUGGUCAACACACAGACACACUCAUUGACACACAUACACACACGCACCCUCCACAUUCCCUCCCAAGCGUAGCUAGCUGCAGUCAAAGAUGAGUGGCUAUUUCUCAGAAGGAGGAAAAAACCUCUGAUGUUUUGUGAGAGUGAAUUUAAAGGGCUCUGUGUUCAUGUUUAAACAUUGAUCCACUGUUUACAUUCAGGCAGAGGCCCCUCUUUGAAAGGGCCCACGUGACGGCAGGGCAAUACUACACCUGCAAUUGCACAUUUCUAAGAUGAAUGGGGCGAGGAAGGAACAGUGCAUGCAUUUGACCUAGCGAGUCCCUCCCAUUAGAUCCAUUAUCUUAUUCCUGUAAUCAAGUUUUAUGGAAAAGGAGGACUGUGUGACUUUAUCAUGAUAGGUUGGUUUGUGUUAGGAUUAGAAACUGCUUCCAUUGCAGAUUAUAUUGUCUCCGCAUCCUGAAUGACAGGGCUUUAGCAACAUUGGUUAGUAUGUUAGUGUCUUUCUAUAGUGGAAAAUACAAGUUAUUUUCAGAUCCAUUACUUCCGUGACUCCCCUUGUUUAAAUGCUACUUGCACUGUUUACACACUGUAGGUAGUGUGAGAGUCAUUUUCACACCAUAUUGUUUAAACGUUUAUCUGAUUUGCCAUGUUCUGAAAGGGCUCUAUACAUUGGUUCUGUUCAGGUGGCUCAACUGUCCUGGAUUGAGAGGAAAAUUGCUGCUACAUUGUUUGGCGAGCCUCCAAGUGCCACGGUCCAAGAUGCGCUGAAGAACUUCCUCAAGGUAUUGGUAUUCUCCUUGCUACCAUAGAUUGUGGUGCAGAGCACAAGUGUUUGGCAGUACGUGUUAGUGGAGUAAAGCAUGUCAGGCCUUGCAAAUGUACUUUACCAGUACAUUUCUCAUUUGCCCAACAGCUAGUUUUGAAUAUGGACAGGUACACUGUUUAUGUUGCUUUCAUUGUUCUGCAUUGUAUACUUUAGCCUGUUGGAAUCAUACAGUCCUUCCAAGUUCUCUCUCUUUAACUCAUCUUUCCUGAUCGCUGUAUAUUACAUCUCCGAGAACACUUCCCUGUGUUCUGCACACUUACUAUUAGAUCCUUUACUCUCUUUCAUGAUCUCUCUCUAACCAAUUGAAACAUGUAGCGCACAGCAGCCUAUUUGUUUUGUGUUGAGUCGGGAUUUGCCCAGAGGUCGCUUCUGCACCCAGAUUUAAAGACCAAACCCCAAAUAUUUAGAGGCUUAAUCUGUGUUCCCACAUUUCACAUGUUUAUAUAGAGAGACAUGAAAUUGCUCCUGGCCAAGAUUCUCUUGCGUCAUGUCUCUUCCUCACAUCGUGUGUAUCUCGCCAAUCAAUUUUAGUUAAGUGGUCUCUGUCGUAACUUGUUUCUCCUGCCCGUAAGGACUCUGGUAGAGGCUGUUUAGCUUCAACAAACACAUCCUGCUGUUAUACAACUUGUCACUAUAACCAAGUACACAAACAGUAACUACACACUACGUAAUACCAAGGUGUUGUCCUAGUACUCUUCUCACUGUACUAUUAAUGCUAAGGCUAUAUAGGGUCAGAAUUUAAGGUAGAGUCAAGUGAAAUAUAAUUAUCCACGGCUAGAGGCAGAAUAAUGCUAUGGUUAGUCCUUUCUGUAUUUGUCUGUGCUGAGCAGGUUCUAUUUUCAAUUUCAGUCAUUUGCCCAAAUCCUGUAUCAACCCCAUACCUGUCCUGGACUGAUCUUAUGCAAUUAGAACAUAAACUGUUAGGCAGUGUUUUUGUCAGUGGUUAUGUUUUUGGUGCAGGUCCAAUGGAAGAAUACAACCAUGUUCUUGUGCUUUAUACAGAGGAGGCUGGUGGGAUGAGCUAUAGGAGGACAGGCUCAUUGUAUAGGCUGGAAUGGAAUUAAUGGAACGGUAUCAAACAUAUGGAAACCACGUUUAACUCAGUUCCAUUUAUUCCAUUCCAGGCAUUACAAUGAGCCUAAUCCUCCUAUAGCUCCACCCACCAGCCUCCUCUGGAUUUAUGGUAACACUUAACACAGACAUUCUCAAGGUCUGAGGGCGACAUUUGUGCUUACAAUACAGGGCUACCUUUUCACAAGCGUGUGAUUCUUAAUCAGAAUACAGAGAUUCUGGACAAGGAGAAGCCAUUUUGUCCCAGCCUCAGGAAGCUGAACUCCAGAAAGAGUUGAUUAUCAGCAAGUGCAGUGUUCUCGUGUUUUUAUAAUAUUUUCAUUAUUUCACAGGUGGAGGAGAUCCGUCCCAAGUACUCCAAAUUAAACUAUGUGUUUUUAGCCAAGGUAAGACGGACUGCCCAUGUUGUAAUGUUUGCAUCUUGGAUUCAUCUACAGUAUAUCCAAUAAUCAAAGGACUAUAUAUGUGCACCGAUGAUGAUAAUGAUGAGGACGAAUGUGUUUUUGAUUGGUCAGUGUUACAGAGACCUGGGGCAGAAAGGUCAGGCCAGGAAGAUGGGGGAUGCUGCUGCCUCAAUGGAAACCGUUUCCAAAGAGGUGGGUCCUGACUGUAUUGUCACUGACUUAUUCUUGUGCUCUAAACUCUUAGUUUUCUCCCAUUUGUCAUUGUUGUGGUUUAAAAAAAGAGUAUCUUUCUUUCUCUCUCUCCAAGGAUGAGGAGGCACAGAAGGAGCUUGACUACCUUCUCCCUGCGCUAGGUGUUUAUUGA